UAAUUUAUAGGCUUUCACAAAAUGAGUAGAAUGUGUUACUGUAUCUUUAAAAAGGUGAGGUCAGGGUGUGGUUUAUCCGUGCCAAAGUUUCCGGAUCAGCGUGCUCUAGUAAACAAAGCGCGUCCGGUAAAUCUGCAGCAGAGAGACCGAGUAAGUCACAUCAUGUCAGACUGGUCACCUCUGCUGACAGUGUAGUGUGUUUUCUGUGUAUUAUAAUGGGCGGACUGGUGUCCACUGUGGUGCAGCGUGUCACAAACAGGCUCACGCAGGUGGACUAGUCAGACAGGUUCGGCCUGGAAGCUUCUUGUUCACUUUUCUUUGAAGGCGAUGUAGGAAAAGUUAUCAUGAGGAUAGUCGCAACUGUAGCGCUUCUACACUUGUGUUUAUGUGCGACAGCGGCAGUUUCGGGCAAUGGCUUCGCCGAAACGGCCCUGACAGCCGCACCGGGCGACGUCGCUCUACUUCCGUGUUUCACUCUCGGUAAUGUAACACCGUCUUUAACGACGUGGAUGAAAAAUGGACGAGAAGUCAUUCGAGGUGGCGGGUCUUCGCCGAGCCCUUCUCCCGCCGAACAGCGCCUCGAAGUGCUGCAUGACGGGAGUCUGAACAUCAAAGGGGUGACACCUGGGGAUGAGGGCAGCUACCUGUGCAACUCCUCACUGCCCGGCAACAGCACCUUUCACGCGCGUGUCCUGCUUCAAGUAACCAGGGGUCCAAAAGAUGUGUCUCUGUCCAUCAGGCCAGCCACAGUCCUGCCCAACGGGACGCUCGUCGCCCUCCGGGGCUCUAACAUUUCCUUUAACUGCUCCGGCUCCUCCUUCCCCUCUCAGUGGCUCACCUGGGCCUUCACAGGAGCCUCGUCCAGCAACAGCUCACUGGUUUCGACUUUUGGAUCCUGGCUUGACUACAGGAUAGAGGACAUUCAGCCCAGUGCACAGGGAGUUUACAGCUGCAGGGCCCGCAACACCGUCUCUGAUCAGGCAGUUAACAAGAGCACACAGCUGCUAGUGUACUAUGUCCCAGACAGACACCCUGAGUGCAUGUGGGAACUAGCGCAGGACCCCUCCCAUGUAAACUUCAGCUGCACCUGGUAUGGAGCGUAUCCCACCCCGACGCUGCGCUGGAGAGAAGAAAAGCGGGAAGGUGGCAUUAAUGUGACGGAGGUGACGGACAGUCUGACGGUGGCUCUGAACCGCUCCCUGCUGUGCGACAAGCAGACGCUGACGUGCACGGCCCAGCACCCAGCGCUCGCUCAAGGAAAGGAGAAGACGUGCUCGUUUACCCUCAAGUCUCCGUACCCUAAAGGCGACCCGCUGGUCAUGGCUCUAGAGGCGACCAGCAUAACUCUAACUUGCACUGAGAGCGUGUCUGUCCCCCCUGCAAAAAACACAUGGAGGAAGGGGCUCCAGCAGGACUUAAUUGUGCCCAGCUCAAAGUAUGUCCUGUCCAAGGAAGGUGCCGAACUCAAGCUGACCAUACACAACAUCAGCAAGGACGACGAAGGGGUCUACUUCUGCCACAGUGAGAACCCCCUCGCUGUCACAGAGCUGGAAGUCUACCUCACUGUGAGAACCUCCUCUGCGUACACAGGAGCGAUCGUCGGUAUCUUUAUAUCUGCACUUAUCGUGGGAUCAGCCGUCAUCAUAGCUAAAACGGUUUACUCCAGCCGACACCGAAUUUGCCUGGGAGGUGGCUUUGGGCAAAUGGAGGAGGACAGAGGAGACGUGCUGAGUCUGGUGGAGUCAGAUGACGAGCAGAUCUUUCAGGACACCGUUCCCCGGCUGCCUCCGUUAACCAACGGACGCCACACGACGCUUGUACAGAUACAUCGAAUCCCAUCCAGUGAUCAUGAGGAUGCAGAAACUGCUGACACGAGCCCACAGCAGCAGGAGGAUACUGAACAGACAGAAGAGCCGGUGGAUCUUGUAACGUUUUAGGUAUUGGGUGCUUUUAGAUAAAUGUUUUAUUUAGGUAAAUACCAUUUACUCCCAAUGAGAAUGUGAACAGAACUGGUGGAAGACAAAUGUAAAAAAAAAAAAUCAUCUUUUAAUUUGUUAUUUUUUAAACAGGGUUUUGAAUUUUUGUAAGCUUAUUUCUAUGAUCCAUUUGUUUGUACAGCAUUUUGAAUAUGUUGCUCUGGUACUGAGAUUAAUGCAGUAAAUGAAGCGGUUUUGAAAAAAGAAA